GUUGUCUUUGACAUGUAGAAGAAGGAGGGGAAGAGAAAGAAAGUUAUGGCUGAAAGAGAAAUAACAGAGAAAGCAGUGGGCAGGCUCAUUCCUGAAGAGAAAGCAACCUAAGUUAAUCUUCCUUGGAUAUAAAUAAUUGCUUUAACUCUGUGGAAAAGUAGCGACUUUUGGUAGUAAAGGAGGGAAAGAAAACAAGCUUGGUUUUGCCAAAAACAUUUCAGACUGUCUUGUCAGAAUGGAUUCUGAUUGGCUGGGAGUAGACCCAGUAGUGGGAUGGCCCAAUACACUUCCCAACCUCUGGGUUUCUGUUUAACCAAACUCCAUUCCCCUUGGAUUUUGUUUUGAGCCUACGAGUUGCAACCUACAUUUUACCCUCUCUCUAACCCAAUAGCCUUGGCAGUGAGAAAUGUAUGUACCUAGUUCACGUUCAAUCCGGAGUAGGCAGGAAUGGCACGGAAAAGUCCAUAGACUGUGAUAAGAUACUGCUGGAAGCCUCGCCAGUUGCACUGAGAGAGAGAACGAGAGACAGAGAGUGAGAAAGAGUGGGUGCUACACACACACACACACACACACUGAUAAGAGGAGUUGCCUAGACCACUAUGUUGGAGUGUGGAUCACUUGGUGGCUGACCUGGUCCUCAAGAGACUAGAUCCACUUCUGGACAUUGCAUUAUCACUGCCAUCUUUCUCCAGUUGUCAGCCAUGCUUUCCUUCGCCGCCCUCACCCUCCGUCUAGGGUCCACAGGAUGCAGAGGAGGCAGGCGCAACCUGGCGACAAUUGUCUCGGGCAACAAGACGUCUCAGCUGGUGAGAGAAAGGUUGAAAGAGGACUUGGACCAGAUGAGGGGCCAGUUCCCUGGCUUCCGGCCAGGUCUGGUAGUGUUGCAGGUGGGUGACAGAGACGAUUCUAACCUCUACAUUAGCAUGAAGCUAAAAGCCGCAGCUGAGAUUGGAAUCAAUGCCAGCCAUGUCAGACUGCCAAAGACUGCAACAGAGGAUGAGGUCCUCCGUAGAAUUGUAGAGGUCAAUGAGAACCUGGAGGUCCACGGCCUCAUUGUCCAGCUGCCACUGGACUCUAUCAACCCCAUGGACACAGAGAAGGUGACUAAUGCCGUGGCCCCAGAAAAGGAUGUGGAUGGGCUGACCAGUAUCAACGCGGGGAAGCUCUCUCGGGGGGAUCUGGGGGACUGUUUCAUCCCCUGUACUCCUAAAGGCUGCAUGAAGCUCAUUAGUCAGACAGGCACGUCAGUGGCAGGGAAGAACGCUGUGGUGAUUGGCCGUAGCAAGAUUGUGGGAGCGCCCAUGCAUGACCUGCUUCUAUGGAGCCAUGCCACCGUGACCACCUGUCAUUCCAAAACAACUGACCUGGCUGCACAAGUGGGAAGGGCAGACAUAUUGGUGGUGGGUGCAGGCAAGGCGGAGAUGGUGAAAGGCGAGUGGUUGAAGGAGGGUGCUGUGGUUAUCGACUGUGGCAUCAACCACAUCCCAGAUGACAGCAAAGCCAACGGGAUGCGAGUGGUGGGGGAUGUGCAUUACCCCUCUGCCAAGGAGAAGGCUGGGUUUAUUACCCCUGUGCCCGGGGGAGUGGGACCAAUGACCGUUGCUAUGCUCAUGGAGAACACUGUCCAGAGUGCAAAGCGCUUUCUCAAGACGUACCAGCCAGGAAAGUGGAACAUUUCCUACGCCAAGCUAAAGCCACAGAAACCUCAACCCAGUGACGUCGCCAUCGCACACUCCUUCACGCCAAAGACAAUUGGCCGUCUGGCCCGGGAGGUUGGCCUCUUCUCAGAGGAGGUGGAGCCUUACGGGACGACCCGAGCCAAAGUUCGUCUGGAGGCCUUGAACCGCCUCAAGACACAGCCUAAUGGGAAAUAUUUGGUGGUCACAGGGAUCACACCCACACCACUGGGUGAGGGAACGACAACCACCACCCUGGGGUUGGCACAGGCCCUAGGGGCACACCUUCAUGUCAACAGUUUUGCCUGUGUGCGCCAACCCAGCCGGGGCUCAAACUUUGGGGUCAAAGGUGGUGCUGUUGGAGGUGGUUAUUGCCAAGUCAUUCCUAUGGAAGAGGUCAGUCUCCACCUCACCAGUGAUAUACAAGCUGUUAUGGCAGCCAGUAGCCUGGUGGUGGACACUAUCAAUGCACGUGUGUUAUGCGAGUCAACACAGUCAGAUAAGGCUCUCUUUGAUUGGCUGGUGCCACUGAGGGACGGUCACAGGAAGUUCUCCCUGUCCCAACUCAAUAGGUUGAAGAGACUGGGUAUAGAGAAACCAGAAACCCUGAAACCAGAGGAGAUAUACCGAUUCAUCCGUUUGGACAUUGAUCCAGAGACCAAGACGCUGAGUGGAUAUGUGGCCAGUGAGAUGAUGGCGGUGUUGGCCCUCAGUACCAGUCUGGGAGACAUGACGCGCCGCUUGGCCAGGGUGGUGGUGGCCUACAGCCGCAAGGGGAAGCCUGUCACAACAGAGGACCUGGGUAUUAGUGGAGUGCUGGCCACAUUGAUGAGAGAUGCUGUGAAGCCCAGUCUAAUGCAGACCAUGGAGGGGACACCUGUGUUUGUUCACACCUGUCCAUUGUCAGAUAUUGCCCAGGGCAACUCGUCCAUCCUGGCUGACCAGAUCGCCUUAAAGCUGGUGGGCCCAGAGGGGUUUGUGGUCACCGAGGCAGAAGGAGGUGCUGAAUUAGGCAUGGAGAAGUUCUUCGACAUCAAGUGUCGCUCUUCGGGCCUGCAUCCUGACGUGGUGGUGAUGGUGGCUUCAGUUCCUGCCCUGAAGAUGCAUGGGGGUGGACCUGCGGUCACGGCAGGUUCAGCCAUGCCGAAGGAGUACUCAGCGGAGAACCUGACGUUACUGGAAAAUGGCUGCAACCACUUGAAGAGGCAGCUGGAGAAUGCCCGGGCUUUUGGCUUACCUGUCGUUGUAGCCAUCAACACCUUCAGCACCGACACUGAUGCAGAGUUGGGCCUAGUCUGUGAGCAGGCUAAACUGGCGGGGGCCUUGGAGGCGGUGCCAUGCUCACACUGGGCUGAAGGGGGUGCCGGAGCGGUGGCGUUGGGUCAGGCGGUACAGAGGGCAGCUGAGACACCACACCAGAUGAACUUCCUGUAUGACCUGGAGAUGCCCAUUGACGACAAAAUCAGAGUAAUAGCAAAGUCAAUGUAUGGAGCGGAUGAUGUGGAGCUCCUUCCUCAGGCCCAAAAGAAGGUGGCGCUGUUCUCAAAACAAGGCUUGGGCAACCUGCCCAUAUGCAUGGCAAAGACCCACCUGUCACUGUCCCACGACCCAGAGAGGAAAGGGGUGCCCACCGGCUUUACCUUGCCCAUCAGGGACAUCCAUGCCAAUUUGGGUGCUGGUUUUCUCUACCCCUUGGUUGGCACGACGAGUGUACCACCCCAAUCUCCAGCCUUCUCCUGUUUCCAUGACAACGACUUCAGCACUGAGAGCAAAUAGUCCCUGCCUCCUCUCGGUGUGUAACUCAUUCUCUCUCUCUCUCUCUCUCUCUCUCUCUCACCAACACUAUCUCUACCCUCUGUCUCUCUGUGUUGGUUCCCUGCUGCACCUGUUUGUCAGUGUGUAACUCAUUCUCUCUCUCUCUCUCUCUCCCUCUUCCACUCUUUCUCUCACCAACACUAUCUCUACCCUCUGUCUCUCUGUGUUGGUUCCCUGCUGCACCUGUUUGUCAGUGUGUAACUCAUUCUCUCUCUCUCUCUCUCUCCCUCUUCCACUCUUUCUCUCACCAACACUAUCUCUACCCUCUGUCUCUCUGUGUUGGUUCCCUGCUGCACCUGUUUGUCAGUGUGUAACUCAUUCUCUCUCUCUCUCUCUCUCCCUCUUCCACUCUUUCUCUCACCAACACUAUCUCUACCCUCUGUCUCUCUGUGUUGGUUCCCUGCUGCACCUGUUUGUCAGUGUGUAACUCAUUCUCUCUCUCUCUCUCUCUCCCUCUUCCACUCUUUCUCUCACCAACACUAUCUCUACCCUCUGUCUCUCUGUGUUGGUUCCCUGCUGCACCUGUUUGUCAGUGUGUAACUCAUUCUCUCUCUCUCUCUCUCUCCCUCUUCCACUCUUUCUCUCACCAACACUAUCUCUACCCUCUGUCUCUCUGUGUUGGUUCCCUGCUGCACCUGUUUGUCAGUGUGUAACUCAUUCUCUCUCUCUCUCUCUCCCUCUCUCUCCCUCUUCCACUCUUUCUCUCACCAACACUAUCUCUACCCUCUGUCUCUCUGUGUUGGUUCCCUGCUGCACCUGUUUGUCAGUGUGUAACUCAUUCUCUCUCUCUCUCCCUCUCUCUCCCUCUUCCACUCUUUCUCUCACCAACACUAUCUCUACCCUCUGUCUCUCUGUGUUGGUUCCCUGCUGCACCUGUUUGUCAGUGUGUAACUCAUUCUCUCUCUCUCUCUCUCUCCCUCUUCCACUCUUUCUCUCACCAACACUAUCUUUCUCUCUCUACCCUCUGUCUCUCCUCCCCACUCUACACUCUUAGGAAAAAGGGUUCCAAAAGGAUUAUCUUGCUAUCCCCAUAGGAUAACCAUGUUUUGUUCUAUGUACAACCUUCGGGAUCCAUGAACCGAAAGGGGUUUAACCUGCAACUAAAAAUAAUAAUUCAAAGGGUUAUCCUAUGGUGACAGCCAAAUAACCCUUUUAGGUUCUAGAAAGCACCUUUUUUCUAAGAGUGUACCCCAUUCCUUUUUUCCACUACACUUCUCUCCCUCCCCUGCGUUUCUCUCCCAUCCCUUCCUCUCUUGCCUGUCUCUUUAGCCUCUCUUUUCUCUCUCUCCUCCAUCUCCUCUUUUCCAUCCGUCAUUCUCCCACCCUCCUUUUCUUUCUUUGUGCUUUUCUAAAAGAGUUGGACAUCAUUAAUCUCAAGAGGAGUGAAGACCUCUGUCCCCUCCAACUACUGUCAGCAACAGUCAACCACAGUGCAACAGGAAACCAAGUGAUCAAACCAUUGAGAACUACAAUAGAACCAAACCAAUGUUCUUCAACCCUGGUCCUGGGGAACCCACAUGGUGUGCAGGCAUCAGGCGUGUUUGGUAGUGCUGGGCUGGAACAAAAGCCUACUCACGCUGUGGUUUAAGAACACUGCCUCUACACACAGUACCAUUUUCAACCACACACUCAGUAAAUCAGCUAGCUACCAUUCUUUGUAGAUAUACUGUAACAACCCCUUUCAUUAAAUCUGGACCAAACAAGGAGAAAAAAUGAAGAAUAAAGACAUGAGAAGGAAAAAGGCAAUAUGCUCCAUCUCACACCUGUUCUUCUGCUGUCCACUCCCUAAUGGACCAUGUUCAUUGGACUGUUCUCUUUCCCUUAAUUAAAUUCAACUUAAGGGCUUUAUUGGCAUGGGAAACAUAUGUUAACAUUGCCAAAGCAAGUGAAGUAGAUAAUAAACAAAAGUGAAUUUAACACAAAUUAAUAGUAAACAUUACACUCACAGAAGUUCCAAAAGAUUAAAGACAUGUCAAAUGUCAUGUGUUGUAAUGAUGUGCAAAUAGUCAAAGUACAAAAGGGAAAGUAAAUAAACAUAUAAAUAGGUUGUAUUUACAAUGGUGUUUGUUCUUCACUGGUUGACCUUUUCUUGUGGCAACAAGGUCACAGAUCUUGCUGCUGUGAUGGCACACUGUGAUAUUUCACCCAAUAGAUUAUCAAAAUUGGAUUUGUUUUCUAAUUCUUUGUGGAUCUGUGUAAUCUGAGGGAAAUAUGUGUCUCUAAUUUGGUCAUACAUUUGGCCGGAUGUUAGGAAGUGCAGCUCAGUAGCCACCUUAUUUUGUUGGCACACAGCCUGUCUUCUCUUGAGAGCCAAGUCUGCCUACGGCUGCCUUUCUCAAUAGCAAGGCUAUGCUAACUGAUUCUUUCCAAUGUGUCAAGUAAUUAUCUUUUUGUUUUCUCAUUAUUUGGAUGGGUCUAAUUGUGGGGCUCUUUGGGGUGUGGGGGUUAAUUUUUGUAUUAUCAAAUGAGGAGAGAAAAACUUAUCACACAAAUCAGAGUUAUACUUAAACUGAAUCUUUAUUAGUGAGAACUCUUAUGGCUGGUCGACAAAACAACCUUGUUGAGAGCCCCAAGACAAAGGAUACAAAUAUAUUUCAUAGCCAAGAUACACCCCUUUAGUCUACAUGAGAAACAACAGACCUGUGGAAUGGGUCACAAGGUGAGACUUGAUAAAUGAGAAAGGAAUAUUACCGAGCCAGCAUCUGCUAUGAAGACUGUCCUUAUUGUACGAAAUUUGGUCCCCAAAACAUUCUAUGGCAUAAGUCAUUUGACAACUCCAGAAACCCCCUUCUCAAGUAAAUCCCCUCCUUAAACCACUCAAGUGUUGCUUUAGCAGUAUGCUUAGGGUUAUUGUCCUGCUGGAAGGUGAACCUCCGUCUCAGUCUCAAAUCUCUGGAAGACUGAAACAGGUUUCCCUCAAGAAUUUCCCUGUAUUUAGCGCCAUCCAUAAUUCCUUCAAUUCUGACUAGUUUCCCAGUUCCUGCCGAUGAAAAUCCCCACAGCAUGAUGCUGCCAGCAUCAUGCUUCACUGUGGGGAUGUUGGUCUCGGGGUGAUGCGAGAUGUUGGGUUUGCGCCUGACAUAGCACUUUCCUUGAUGGCCAAAAAGCAAUUUUUUUUGUUUCAUCUGACCAGA